CGGUUCCAAGAUAAAUGCCUGGGUGCAGGGCCCAUCCAUGGCAGUCCUCCAUCUGUCCUGGUCCUCCAAACGUCAGCGGACCCUAAUAGAAAUUAGAGCUCUUUAGAACUGUAUUGACUUGAAGAAUUUUUCCCAGUUCCUUUAACUCAUCUGGUGAGGAAACUAUUCAAAGUUAGACUGUGCUUAUCUGGACUUUAAUAAAGGCACUGACCGAUUUUUGAGCAGAAAACCAGUUUUGCAAAUCAUGGGAAGGAAAAUCCAUGAAUGUGCUUUUAUGCUCUUAAGUGACUUUUUAAAAGAGAAGUUCUACCAGUUUCUGUUUUACACAAAAGACACUUUUCAACAAAAACCCUGAUCCUGUAGAGGACAGCCUGUUAAGUAUUUUCUGGAAAGGGACAGGCAGUAAAUACUUUCAGCUUUACGGGUCUCUGUUGCUGUUAUUGAGCUCCAGAGCUGGAGGCCCCUCACCCAGCACCAUUCUAGUAAAACUUUAUCUACAGAUGGAGGCGAUGGGCCAGUUCCGUCUCUUGGAGGUAGGUUCCUUGCCUUGCUGUGACCCAUAAGCUCCCUCCUGGACAGGUGCUGGGGGCUUUGAACAUUGGAUGGCCAUGUUGGAAGGGGUGCUCCUUGGGCCCAGCACCAGACUGAGGGGUACCUCAGGGGUGGGCAGUCUGGAAGAAGUGGUUUCAAUCUUUGCUUUGAGUAGGGGAAGGAAAUGGUUUCAGCCACAUACUUUGAGACUCCGGUUGACCUCAGGCCCCUCCUGCCUUUGCCUUUCAAAAGCACUGGUGACAUGGGCUCUAUUCACAAGGCUCUGGCUUGGUGCCCUGUGAACCUAUUUCCCUCAGCAUACCUUGCAUCUGGGUAGGAAGGGAUGGUCGUUGUCUGAUUAGACAGCAGGACCCAGGACCUGGCCCUCACUUGAGAUAAUGCAGCCAACAGAGCCCCAGAGUGGGUGCUGAGUGGCAAGGGCACAGGGCUGGGGCUUGUCAUGCCAGGUGGCAUGUGCAGGUCCUGGUGUGUUAGCCCUAGGCUGUGGGGAUAGGGCACCCUGGGCUCUCACCUGACCCUGGGCCAAGUCACGGCUGUCCUCCCCAGCCCCUGACUUGGCAAAGCCACAGCUGCAUGCAGGCCCAGCUAUUGUGGUGUGGACCCUACAAUGCUAGCCUUGACAAGUAGGUGCAUGUUAGUGUCUGUCCCCACCACAUAUGUGUCCUCAGGGCUGUAACAUGUUCAUUUCCCUGGCAGGGACACAGGGGGACUGAGAGGUUAUGGUUCUGUCUCUGCCCUAGUAAGUUUAUAGGCCAGGCAGUAGGAGUGACAGGCCAGAGGAGCCUGAAGUAUGCAGAUAGAUGCUGGGGCUAGAGGGCCCAGUGCAUGUGGGUAGAUGGCAGCUGGGUGGGAUAGGCCUCCUCUUCCCUGCACAAGGUUUCUCUCCCAAGACCCCUCCUCCCUCUGCAGGCCUGGGGUGUGCAGUGUGGCAGAGGCACCAAGACCUGGGCCCCACCCUGUGAGGCCCACUGGUAACAGGUGUCCCUGAGAUGGCGCCUUCUCCCCCUUUCUGCAAAGGUGGCCUGUGAGUACGGCAUGGUGCACGUGAUCUCUGAAUACGGGGGCCCCAAAGGCAGAGACUACUGCAUCCAGUACAACCCUCAGUGGGCUCACCUGCCGCACGACCUCAGCAAAGCGUCUCUCCUGCAGCUGCGCAACUGGACAGCGUCUCUGCUCUGCUCUUCCACUGACCUGCCCAUCAAUGGCUUCAGCAACCAGAUCCCACUGGUGGCCCGGGGCAACUGCACCUUCUACGAGAAAGUGCGGCUGGCCCAGGGCAGUGGGGCACGCGGGCUGCUUGUUGUCAGCAAGGAGAAGCUGGUCCCCCCAGGGGGCAACAAGACACAGUAUGACGAGAUUGGGAUUCCUGUUGCCCUACUCAGCUACAAAGACAUGCUGGACAUCUUCAGGCCCUGGUGUUUCUUGAGGCAGCGUUUUGGCCGAGUGGUGAGGGGGGCACUGUAUGCCCCUAAUGAGCCAGUGCUGGACUACAACAUGGUCGUUAUCUUCAUCAUGGCUGUGGGCACUGUCGCCAUCGGGGGCCACUGGGCUGGGAGCCGGGAUGUGAAGAAAAGGUACAUGAAGCACAAGCGAGAUGAUGGGCUCGAGAAGCAGGAGGACGAGGCGGUAGAUGUGACACCGGUCAUGACCUGCGUGUUCGUGGUCAUGUGCUGCUCCAUGCUGGUGCUGCUCUACUACUUCUAUGACCAGCUCGUCUAUGUCGUCAUUGGGAUCUUCUGCCUGGCCUCCUCCACAGGCCUGUACAACUGCCUGGCGCCCUUCGUCCGGAGGCUGCCGUUCUGCAAGUGCAGGGUCCCAGACAACAGCCUGCCCUACUUCCACAAGCGCCCCCAGGCCCGCAUGCUACUCCUGGCACUCUUCUGCAUCACUGUCAGCGUGGUGUGGGGCAUCUUCCGUAAUGAGGACCAGUGGGCCUGGGUGCUCCAGGACGCCCUGGGCAUUGCCUUCUGCCUCUACAUGCUGAAAACCAUACGCCUCCCUACAUUCAAGGCCUGCACGUUGCUGCUCCUGGUGCUCUUCCUCUAUGACAUCUUUUUUGUGUUCAUCACACCUUUCCUGACCAAGAGUGGUAACAGCAUCAUGGUGGAGGUGGCCACUGGGCCCUCAGACUCGGCUACCCAUGAGAAGUUGCCAAUGGUCCUGAAGGUGCCUAGACUGAACUCCUCACCACUGGCCUUGUGUGACCGGCCCUUUUCCCUGCUGGGCUUUGGAGACAUUUUAGUGCCAGGGUUGCUUGUAGCCUACUGCCACAGGUUUGACAUCCAGGUGCAAUCUUCCCGGGUGUACUUCGUGGCCUGCACCAUCGCCUAUGGCAUCGGCCUCCUGGUGACGUUUCUGGCCCUGGCCCUUAUGCAGCGAGGCCAGCCUGCCCUCCUCUACCUGGUGCCUUGCACACUGGUGACGAGCUUCGCUGUGGCGCUUUGGCGCCGGGAGUUGGGCGUGUUCUGGACGGGCAGCGGUUUUGCGAAAGAUCUACCUCAGGCUCCUUGGGCCCCAGCUCCAGCCGAUGGUCUACAGCCCCCAAAGGACUUGGAUGCACCCCUCUCCUCACAGCCUCCCAGCAAAGACCCGGCCGGGUCUCCCCCACCCACUGAGCAGCCCUCGGAACUGGCUGCUCCUGAGGAGAUGGGGCCCACAGCCCCCACCCAGAAGCCUGGGGACCCAGCUGACAGCACCCCCGAACCCACAGGUCAGGACCUGGCCUAUCCUGACCCUGAGGCUCAGUCUAGUGCCUUGGCCUAGGGGACUCGGCCUGCCACGCUGAGAUGCCAGCCCCUGGUGCCUGAAGGCCAAGGACAGAUGCAAGAUGUCCGUGGACUGAGCCUGGGCUGGCCACCCUCCCCCAUGGUGCUCAAGUCCUCAGAGGUUCUUGCUGGCCCCUCACGCCCUGCUCCCAGCUCGUGUGGCUGCCACAAGCCCUGGAUGGCCAGUGUGUUUGUUGCCUGGCCCUUCCUGGUCCCUAUGCUGUGGCGGGCUUGGCCGGGCUGCAGACGCGUGCACGUCUGGUGCUUCCCUGCCGCUUCUGCCACCUCCUCCAACCUGUUCCACACUAUGCCCUGUUUUUGCUGUUUGUAGGGUGGGUGGGGAGAAGCCUUUGCCUCCCUGCUGAGCUGGUUCCUUGCUCAUAUCAGCUGGUGCAGACCCAAGACCCAGAGAUUGGCAGCAGCCACCCUCAUUUCGAGGCAUAGACUGGGCCAAGACAGGGCCUGCAGAGUGGGUGGCGAGGAUGGGGCAGCAGGGAGUGGACAGGCUGCUCCUUCCGGGACUGGAGGUGCCGUGUGUGCACUGUUCCCGGUUUUAAUAAACAGUCACGACUGCUA